GAGGAAGUAAGUUACUGGGCCGCGGAGUUUCCUAUCGGGUUCGGUAGCAGUGUUUGUGGGAGCGGUGUCACCUGGAGCCCGGGAACGGGGAUCCCGCUGCUUGUUGCCUGCCGAGGCCUGAGCGGGCCUGAACCAUGGCCAUGAACGAGGCUCAGCUGAAGAAAUUACUGAGCAAGUACAAAUACAGAGAUUUGACUGUACGUGAAAUGUUAAAUGUCAUCGGCCUCUACAGAGAUCUUAAACCGAUCAUGGACUCUUAUGUUUUCAAUGAUGGUUCAACUAGGGAGUUGGUCAAUCUUACUGGGACAAUUCCUGUGCCUUACAAAGGUAACACAUACAAUAUACCUAUAUGUUUAUGGCUGCUGGAUACGUACCCAUUUAAUCCUCCAAUCUGCUUUGUAAAACCGACCAAUACGAUGACCAUAAAAACUGGUAAACACGUUGAUGCAAAUGGAAAAAUUUAUCUCCCUUACCUCCAUGAAUGGAAACAUCCUCCGUCGGACUUACUGGGAUUAAUACAGAUCCUGAUUGUAGUUUUUGGAGAAGAGCCUCCAGUUUUCUCUCGCUCUGCUGCUCCAGCUCCUUAUCCCAUGUACCCUGCGACAGGACCCCCAAACACUUCCUACAUUCCUGGUGGAAUGCCACCGUACCCACCUCAGAAUCAUCCAUCUAUUCCCAGUGGUUAUCCUGGGUAUCCCUAUCAAUCCAGUUCACAGUACCCACCAACGUCCGGACCUCAGAUAUUCCCACAACCCCCUGUUUCCCAACCCCAGAACACCAAUUCCGGCCCGGCCAGAGAUGGCACCAUUGGUGAGGACACAAUUCGAGCCUCCCUCAUUUCAGCAGUCAGUGACAAACUGCGAUGGAGGAUGAAAGAAGAAAUGGAUCGGGCUCAGGCAGAGCUGAAUGCUUUGAAAAGAACAGAAGAAGACCUGAAGAAGGGUCACCAGAAGCUGGAGGAGAUGGUUUCUCGACUUGAUCAAGAAGUGCACGUGCGUCUCUUGUCUCGCAAGCAGUUCCAACUACGAGCUCUGAUGCAGAAAGCCAGGAAGACAGCUGGACUGAGUGACCUGUAUUAACCUCCACCAGAACUUUACUUUGUUGUUGACCCACAUUUUUAUUCUCCAAUCUUCUUAAAUCAUUAGUAAACUGUUAUAACUUAUUUCUCAUUGUUCAAAUUGGUUAAGUAUAUUGAACUUAGAAAGGGCGCUGCCAUGGGUUGAUAAUGCGCUUUGUGUUGUAAUUAAAAAAAUUAUAUAUUAGAUACAGAUUUAGCAAAUUGUGUUUCUGUUUCUAAUGUGUUAGAGACCUGGAACACCAGCAUUUUCUAUCAUAGCAUUUCAAACAGCAUAAAAAAAUAAGUGAUCAGAAGGUGACUUGUGCAUUGGUUUUACAACAGGGACUCUUCUUCUUUGUUAAAAAGUAAAUAAUACAUUCUACAGGUCUGAUUUGCUGGACAAAUGUUUUUUUUGGAACACUGAGGAAUCAGAUCUUUUAAAAUCUCUGCACCAAAAAUAAAAAAAUGCAAUAUAGAUCCGCUAAUCUUCAGGUCACUUAUUUUCCUUGCACAUGUAUUUUUUUUUUUUUUUAAUGCUUUUUUUUUUUUUGUAAAGUAUGAUAGAAAAUGUGGUAAAGCCAUUUCUUUUUAAUCCCCCAUAUAUUGAACAUUGCGUAAAACCGUACUAACCAGGGAGGCUCUUAUGCACUGUGUUGCAUGCUCUAAGGUGCAAUAGCGGUUUGCUGCAUCAGUAUUUAUUUCUGACCUAACAGGGAGCAAAUGGCUUAUGGUUUCAUGCUGUAAAUUGGAAGGGGCCAAAUUGAUUAAGCUGCAAUUUUCAUAAAGAAUAAAUCUGUCAUUGCAAUUUUGUUUUCUAAUUUAUAUUACAAUUAAUCAGAUGUAUGUUUUGCCCUUUUUCAUUUGUAUAUAAAGCUCCUGUAUCAUUUUUAACCUCUAGUUGUAGAGAACUAUUGGUUGUCAUGUUUUAUCUGCUUUCUACCCCCUUUCCAUUUAAAUGUUUGUUGAUUAAUUUUUAUAUUUCCUAUAAGACUAUUACUUGGACAAAACAAUACAACCACUUAGGUCUGCUUUGUUUUUGUGGUCAAAAAGUUAUUUAUCUUAGUAUGACAGUGCACUGUUUAAUUGCCAUUUGUUUUUUUUAUGUAGCCAGAAAAAUGUUAUAGUGGAAACCAGUAUCUCAAACCAUAAAUGCUGUGUUUUUGCUUCUAAUAAUUUAAAAAAGAUAGGAAAAAGUACUCUAUUUUAUUGUUUGCUCUGUAAAUUUGAAUUGAUCUGAACUAAAAUAACCAUUAACAUUC